AUGGGGGCAUUCUCUGAAGCAGGCUAUUGUCGUACCCUGGAGUUCAGGCCUGAAAAAGCAUUUGAAGGUAGACGCCUCAUAAACCACGUCAUUCGCGUCGUUGACGUUACGAUGGAGGAAUUUUGUGAAACGAUGUGCUUUUUGGAACCCGAUUGUGUCAGCAUUAACCUUGAUCGUCGGGCUGAUGUAUAUGGGAAGUAUAAAUGUGAAUUGAAUAAUGUUACUCACGAAGGACACGAACACGAGUGGAGGGAAAACCCAAAUCACUUUUACCACGCAGCUGAGAGUUCUUGCGUGAAUAAUUCUUGCAUAAAUAUCGCCACUUGUCAAAGCGGUUUCACGGUCAGAGGACAUCGGUGUGUUUGUCCAGCUGGAUUAAAGGGUUAUAAUUGUGACGAAGACAUCGACGAAUGUACUGAAAGCUUACAUAACUGCAGCAGUUAUGCUUUUUGCAACAAUACUGAAGGGUCGUACAACUGCACGUGUAAACCUGGAUACACUGGAAAUGGGCGAGAAUGCAGAUUCGAUGGAACUACGACGUGCAAGGAAGCUCAGGAGAGAAAGAUAGCAGACUUCAGUGGCGUGGUUACUCUCCUUAUUGAUUCAAGACAAGUCCCCGUUUUCUGUUAUGUGGGUGAUUUUGGAUGUGGCGAAGGAGGAUGGACACCUGUGAUGAAGAUUGAUGGCAGCAAGGGAACCUUUCAUUAUAGCAGCUCCUACUGGACUGAUAGAAACGAGUACAACCCUCCUGGAAGGGAGACUGGGUUUGACGAACAGGAAACCAAGUUGGCCAUCUACUGGAACGCAUCUUUCUCUAAGAUCUGUCUUGGCAUGAAAAUCAAUGAACAGCUCAGGUUCAUUGUCAUCAACGAGCAGGCUGACUCUUUGUACUCACUGAUCGCCGAUGGGCAAUACCGCGAAACCUCACUGCGUCGUGAUACGUGGAAAACGCUUAUUGGUGCAGCUGCUUCUUUGCAAAACAAAUGUAACAAGGAAGGGUUCAAUGCAUUUUGUACGUUAGCAUCGUCAUCAAAAGCCAGGAUUGGUAUUGUCAGUAACCAGGAGGACGAGUGCUUAACGUGUGACUCAAGGAUCGGAUUUGGGACUGGAGGCUACCCAGAUGAUUCGAACGUGUGCGGUAACGUGGCAAAACACCAUCCAGAUAAUGGAGUGAAAUACAUCAAAGCUAUGGGAUAUAUAUUGGUGCAAUAA